AGCUUGCUAACGAUAACCGUACAGGCGUGGAUGUACUCGUAGAAGCUAAUCAUCUUUUUGAUGUUCAUCAUCUUGUAUCGGUUAAUGAACUCAGGACGGGUGUCGAAACGACGAAAGGUGAUGGUGAAGUCGCAGAAGUUCACAAACCUGUAAGAUGUGAGCAGCCAGCAGAAAUUGAUGAAUCUAGAGAAUUCAAUACAUUGUUAGCAGAUGAUGUGAUUUCACAAGGACCGAUUCUGCUCCCAGCAUCCACAAAAAUAACGGAAAAUAGUGCUGAAAUUGCGGAAAAGCAUCGGCAUGAAGAAGAUAAUCUUCAAGAAAAUGAACUAGAAGAAGAGGAGCUUGAAGUUGAUGGACAAAAAGAAUCUGAAGAGCACAAUCAGCCGACAGUGAAUGUAGACGUGACUCAUUUGUCUUCGCUGUUGGCAAUUCUUCGACAAGAAUUAGCGGCCUGCUCGAAAUCUCCUAUCCGUAAAACCAAUAAUAAAGUUCAGAUACACCGCUACGUGGCACCGUACUUCAAGGACCGACGCCUUAUGUUUCCUCCACGCAAUCCAGAUUCGAUUGAGAUGGUAAGAAUGAAUAUCAUUGAUGCUGCGGCGCCACCUAUGAGAGGGUGGAAGUUGGAAGAAGCAAAUAAACUUCAGCAGGCUGUCAAAGCGGCGGUAAAGAAGAAACUUUUGGUUCCUCUCGAAAGUCGGUAA